AAGCGGCUGUCCCGCUGUGUCCUAGACGUGUGUUGUCGUUGCUGUGUAAAAUCCUAACGUUACUCCCUUCAGCUACGUUUACACGUGGAUCAGGCGCCGCGGGGAUUUAACUGGCGAAACAAAUCUGUGUACAAACUUACAUGCACUUAGGUGCGAUUUUCUUACAGUAAUCUGACGCCGGUGCACAGGUUGUCGUUAGUGUCAACUCCGGGAGUUUAGUGGCAAACUACGGUCGUUUUGGUCCAGCCAAGCAUGUAGAGCGGAGACUAAUUAUCUUACUCAUCUGUUAGGUUCAAGUGAUGUAGCGUUUCCUUGGAUUAUUAAGCGUUUAACACGUUUUAACCUCGCUAAAACAGCCGCGUCGUCAGGGUCCAUGAGUUGUUGGAUGUCUGACUGGGUCUGCUGGUGACCGUUAAGCGCGUGUGUGUGUGUGUGUGUGUGUGUGUGUGUGUGUGUGUGUGUGUGUGUGUGUGUGUGUGUGUGUGUGUGUGUGUGUGUGUGUGUGUGUGUGUGUGUGUGUGUGGUGUUGCACGAAUAAAUAACGCUUUAUUAUGGGAAAGCAGUACACCAAUGCUUGUUUCUUCAGAAGAAGAAAUGCAGCGAAAGAGCUAAAUAAAGAGAAUGCUCCUUUUACCACUGCCUAGUUAACCUGGGCGUUAAUUCAGCAAAUAAAAUGGUAGUUUGGCACAUCCAUGACUCAUACGUUACAAGAUACCAUGGAUCACGAUGUCGUGGACUAGCCAUCAGUCAGUAGACCUAUAGCACUGUCUCAGUAGCGGGAGAAGACGUCAGCUCCACUCACCCAUGGACGUGUGCAGCAGAAACCCCAACCGCACCGUCCCAGUGAGCGAUGGGGAGCCGAGGCGGCCCAACCUGCCGCUGUGCUCCCGGACGAACGGCUGGAGCUGGCCUCCGCACCCGUUCCAGCUACUGGCGUGGUUCCUUUACCUCUACUUUGCACUCGCGGGCUUCGGCGUGCUGGUGCCUCUGCUGCCAUCUCAUUGGAUCCCAGCGGGCUACAUCUGUGCAGGUGUGACGUUCAUUUGCCACCUGUGUGUCCAUGUGUCCGCGGUCUCUAUUGACCCCGCCGACUACAACGUCAGAACAAAGAGCUACAAGGGACCUGUCCCGGUUUUUGACCGCGCCAAACAUGCGCACGUCAUCGAGAACUGUCGCUGCUCUCUCUGCGAGGUUGAUGUGGGUCCAAAGUCCAAGCAUUGCAGCGCUUGUAAUAAAUGUGUGGCCAGUUUCGACCACCACUGUCGAUGGCUGAACAACUGUGUGGGUAGCAGAAACUACUGGCUCUUCCUAAACAGUGUCAUUUCAGCUCUGCUGGGCAUAUUUUUGGUUGUGAUCAUCGCCAGCUAUGUUUUUAUCGAGUUCUUUUUGGAUCCGUCAAAGCUACGAUCUGACAAACACUUUCAGCAAGUGAAGAACGAGUCUGCGGUGUGGUUCAUCUUCCUGCCGGUGGCACCGUUCUCUACCUCAGGCCCAGCCAUUCCCGCCCUGGCAGGAGUGACCGUGGCCCUGGGCCUUCUCUCCUCCCUGCUACUCGGACACCUGCUCUGCUUCCACGUGUACCUCAUGUGGAACAGACUGAGCACGUAUGAGUAUAUCAUUCGACAGAGGCAUCGGCAGGAGGCAAGAGGCCCCCAGAAGGAACCUUCAGGAAGUCACACGGGCACUCCCAAGAUAAAGCUCAUCAAGGACAUGAGCCACUUGGGCCCUCUGGGCUACACCAGUCCUGAGGUGGAGGUGGAGGCUCCUACCACCAUGAGCUCACAGGGCGGAGCUGAGUACAGGUUGUUUGUUAACGGCAGGGUCAGGAGCUCAUCUGAGAGAAGGGCUGUAGAGCAGUUCCUCCCUACUGUCUCUGCAGAGAAGCAACAAGUCCCACGCCCCCUCAAAAACACACAGAAAAAGAAGAAAGUGCAUAAAAUUCCAGCAGAAGUGAUUAACGACCGGGCCACAGAGACGAGCACAAGCAGAGCCAUAGCUCACCACUCUACUGGGCAGGAGGCCAGUGUAGCUGCUGCGUCUGUGUCCUCUUCCAUAAGCCAGCGCCUUCCGCUCCCAGCAUUCCCUCUGCAUGUGACCUUGCCCCCUCCAGCUGCCGUGCAGGCUGCCGGACCCCCGGCUGAGUACCAUUCUGAUUCUGCAGAGUCCCUGGAUGAGAUCCCCGUGCCGCUGGCACGCCUGGGCACUGCCACCCUGGCCGGGGCACCCCCAAUGGUCCCCUUGGCCGCUGCUGCCCAUUCGUCCUCUACCCAGCAUGCUUUGCAUCCUCCCGUGGCUGCCGAGCCCUUGCCUUUGCCACAGCCCAGAACCAAAAGGAAGGCCGUCACUCAAAAGGUCAUGGAGCAGAAGUUCGAGAUGGUCUCCCAGAAGACCCACGUGUUUGUCAGUCGAGGGAGCAGAGAGACCUCUUUGCCUCUAGAGGGCGCCAGAGCGGAGGGCGGGCCCAGAUCUGCGGGGAAACCCAAACAUACAAGAAAGAAGAGGGGCAUGGAGGAACACAGGUCCCCUCCAGACCAAACACCCCACUGGCAUAGGAACACAAGCACCAGCCAGGGUUCCUCCAGGCCAAACCUUCCCACCUUAGUCCUGACUACUCUGGAAGCUUAAGACUGACUAACUGCUUCCAAAAUGAAAACAAAUCCAUUGAAGACUCAGAUCCACUACAGUCCACCAGAGUCUCAGAUGUAGCAUGGAAAGACAACCUAUGCAAACAACACAGAAUUGAGAAAUCAGGACAGAGGAGAGUCCAACAUCAAUCUCUUCAGGGUGCAUCUUUUGAGAAAAUUGCAAUUCAGAUAUUUAUCAUUUCAAUUUUUUUAAUGUAGCUUCUCUGGAGAACUGAACAAUUGGUUUUAUGGUUUCAUUUUUAUCACUACUUUUUUAAAAAAGAAGUAUUUAUUCAUAUUGAAUGCUAAAGGUCCAAUUCUGUGUGCAGUCUACCAGACAGAAAUGUUUGCCGACUGUUGCUUUAAGGUCCUGUGGUUUUUCUUGAAUAUCUGUACAUUGCUACCAGAAAUUGUUUGUUAAUAUGAAUCAGUAGUCUAUGUUGUUAUCUGUGGAAAACACUUUUAUUUUCCACCUUUAAUGAACACUUGACACUCACAAACAACACUCGUUCCUUUGGACACAGCCUCUAUACCUGCACAGGUGCACCAGUGAUUUCCUACCUGCUUACCUUAUUGGGAAUGCACAUGCAAUUUAAUAGGACAUAUACUGGCCAAGGACAUAUAACUGCCAAUAGAUUAUUAACAUUUUUUUAGACAUUUUAAGAAACUGUUUAACAGAACUGUUGCUAAAUUUUCACAGUGCAGAGGAGAGGAGCAGUUUUGUGUUUCGCCGCCUCGCCAUGUGUGUCACAUCGUGUUUUCUACUUUACACGCUCAAUUAAAGCUGGAGCUUGUUGUUGCCUCACACGUUUGCCACCUGGUACGUUGUCCUCCCGGCGCGCUCGGAGGACAGGACAAGUGUUGGAGAGCUUCCCACAGCCAAUAACUGCCCAAACUGUUGUUGUUGUUGUAGGUCAACAUCCUUUUCUCAGUCAUCGCACUAUUGCUAUGGCAACAAAUCGCGAACACACAAAUACGCUGUUCCAGGCCAGCCUCACCUGUGUCUGCGGAACUCCCCUAGCUUGAGCAGAAGUGUGUUGCAACACUUCCAUUUUUUAUAUCGAGGUACUGAUGACAAUAAAGGGGAACUUCGCCUUCAGUCUGCCAUCAAAUCUGCAGUUUGCUGAGAGGCUCGAACUCUGGCCUGCUCAGUUCUGUAGGGAGCUUUUUUGUAGUGUUUUUGAGACACUUGGAUUCAAGGUGACUGGGAGUCAGAAGCCACCGAUCCACUCCUGGUGUUUGAAAUCCUCAAGUUUCAUCGGUUGCUUUUUGUAAUGAUUAAAGUCCUCACAGGCCUCCAGUGAGCUGGACUUCAGUGGUUUUACUGUCAUUAUCAUAUUCAUAGACCAACUGUAAUACUAGUUAUAAACCCUUCUCUCCUCAUAAAGUGUCACUGAUCCAGGCUUCAAAUAUAUCAAACCCCCUGCUGAAUAUCAAAUUCAGUUCACUCAGGAAAAAAA